AUGACAACUUCGAUGGUUCUGCAUCCACGCUGGGCGGACACCUUGAUGUAUGUAUAUGAAAAAAGCCUGAAUGAAAGUAAUCCGAAUAAAAACCAAUCCAUGGAGGGACUAAGCGGGAAUUGUCCUGCUACCCACUGCAGGGAACUGAUAUCACACUCGGCGUUGGGACGACACUCAGGCACCAUAAGCCACCAGGGUUCUGUGUACUCGGACAUACCCUCCCACGACACUGGGCGACAGUGCCCCGCUCCCCAGACUUCCUCCAGCGCCACCCUUGGUUAUGGCUACCCAUUCGGAAGCCCGUAUUACGGGUGUCGGUUGUCACACUCGCACAACGUUAACUUGCAGCAGAAGCAAUGCUCUUACCACCCCGCAGAGAAAUAUGCAGAACCCAGCGCGGCACUGCCCACCGAAGAGCUGUCAAGCCGGGCAAAGGAGUUCGCAUUUUACCCGGGUUUUGCCAGCUCAUACCAGACUGUCCCGGGUUACUUGGACAUGUCGGUGGUUCCCGGUAUCAGUGCGCACCCGGAACCGAGACAUGAAACUUUGAUUCCCAUGGAUGGCUACCAGCACUGGGCUCUAUCUAAUGGCUGGGAUGGACAGGUGUACUGUUCUAAAGAGCAAACACAGUCAACACAUCUCUGGAAGUCGCCCUUCCCAGAUGUCGUGCCUUUGCAACCAGAGGUCAGCAGCUACCGACGAGGCCGCAAAAAGCGAGUUCCUUACACCAAGAUCCAACUGAAGGAGCUAGAGAAAGAGUAUGCAGCUAGCAAGUUCAUCACCAAAGACAAGAGACGGCGAAUAUCUGCCACUACUAAUCUCUCCGAACGCCAGGUCACCAUCUGGUUCCAGAACCGGCGGGUGAAGGAGAAGAAAUUCGUCUGUAAAUCUAAAUCAAGCUCUCAUAUGCAUGCCACUUGAUUCAGUCCAAUGUCACUGGCAUGGCAACUCAAAUACUUUUUCAUCACUAACGCUCGAUAUUUAUCUAUUGACUCAUCUCCCUAUUUGGACAUAAACUGGGGGGAAAUACAGAAGAAUAUUUACUAAACCUGGUUUGGAACGAAUGAUCACAUCCUUACAGGAGCGUCGAA